UAAGUCUUAAUCGGUGAGCUUCCUUGCAGCCGAGACCCCUCAUUAUUCCCACCCGGUGGUUUGGGAGACUCCCCUUGUUGCUCUGCUCGGUGGGAGCAUAAAUGUUCCCACUUCCCCAUGGGGUUGCCAUGAUCUUCGUUUCAGCAUCCUCGUUCCUCUCUCGAGCCUCAGCCGCAAUUGUGACUCUCCGUUGCUAAUGUCUAUCUCUCAUCCCCAAGAUUCGAUCUCUGUAUCAGAGUCGUCUGUCGACAAAUCAACUCCCACUUACAACUCCAAGAUGGGUGAGUCUGAAGCACACCAGGAAUAUGCCAGCGACACUCUGGUCCUGGCGCCGCCCGAAGAGCAGCUGGCCUGGAGCAAGGUCCGCAGCUGCUGCCAGGACGCUUUCUCCGAGUUCUUUGGCACCUUCAUCUUGAUCUUGUUUGGUGAUGGUGUAGUCGCCCAGGUUGUCUUGAGUAAGAACACCAAGGGCGACUAUCAGAGUAUCUCCUGGGGCUGGGGCUUGGGCGUGAUGCUCGGAGUCUACUGCGCAGGCAAAUCCGGUGGUCACAUCAACCCUGCCGUGACUCUCGCCAACUGCGUCUACCGCCGCCACCCAUGGCGCAAAUUCCCCAUCUACGCCGUCGCCCAGGUGCUCGGGGCGAUGGCGGGAGCCGCGGUCGUUUACGGCAACUACAAGUCCGCCAUCGACAUGUUCGAGGGUGGCCCGGGCAUCCGCACCGUCUCGGGGGAUACCGCUACUGCCGGAAUCUUCUGCACGUACCCUGCCGAGUUCAUGACUCGUACGGGCAUGUUCUUCUCCGAGUUCAUCGCCAGCACUAUCCUCCAGUUUGUCAUCUUCGCCCUCCUCGACAACGGCGCCGGGCAGCUGAUGCCACUCGCCCUGUUCUUCCUCAUCUUCGGCCUGGGCGCAUGCUUCGGAUGGGAGACUGGUUACGCCAUCAACCUCGCUCGCGACUUCGGCCCCCGGCUGGUGUCGUACAUGCUCGGUUACGGGACCGGGGUGUGGUCUGCUGGAGGGUAUUAUUUCUGGAUCCCCAUGGUUGCCCCAUUCCUUGGCUGCCUCUUUGGCGGCUUUCUGUACGACGUGUUCCUCUUCACGGGGGAGAGUCCGAUCAACACGCCAAUGCUUGGCCUCAAACGGUUCCUCCAACCGCGCCGGAGCGUGUGGUCAAACACAUACAAGCGGCCUCUGGACUCCAAGGUGUGAAGCGGUUAUUGUGGGGAAUGAGAAUUCUCAAGGGACUCGACUGCGUAUGACUACGCAUGCGUAGUAAGAGGGGGGUGGCGGACGAAUUAGAAGGCGCAGUUUGCAUGCGUGGUCAAUUAGCAUAGCACAAUUCUAGCUCUUGAUUUUUCCUCAUAAAA